AUGCUGAUAGACCAGGGAAGCUCAGCUGAUGUCCUAUACUGGCCGACGUUCCUAAGGUUAGAUAUCCCUCACUCCCUCAUUCAACCUCACAUAGAACCCGUAGUCGGUUUUGCAGGAGAGCAAGUUCACACUCGAGGGUACGUAGAUCUGCUGAAAACCUUUGGGACCCCUCUUGACUCAUGGAGAAUCAUGGUCAGAUACCUCCUUGUUGAGGCCAACACAUCCUACAGUAUCAUCAUCGGAAGGCCGACGUUGAACCAACUUGGAGAUAUGGUGUCUACCCUGCAUCUAACGAUGAAAUUCCCAGGAAGCAAUGGCAAGAUCAUCUCAGUCAGGGAAAACCAAAAGACAGCUCGGGAAUGCUACGCUGAAAGCCUGAAGGUCUCGCCAUCAGAGGAGCGCCACCGAGGUGAGCCCCCCACCAUAGCUCACAUAGCCCAGGUUGACAUUACUGACCUGGACCCAAGGUCGGAAUCCUAUGACGAUCGACCAAGCCCAAUCGAUGAGCUUGACGAUCUUCAAGUCGGUAAACUCCUUGGACAGUGUACAAAGAUAAGCCGACAGCUAAGCCUAGAGCUACGACAGUAA